AUGACAAGAGAUUUUAUUAUUCUGAUAGUCAUUUCGUCCCUUCUCUUUGUAGUAGAUUCAUCUGAAUAUCCCUCGUUGUCUGAUAAGGGUUUCGGCAGUAUUUCCAAUAUAAGCCCACACUCGCAACUUCAACUAGGAGAUGUCAUCGAGGGCUUAUCCACGCUAAGACGCUAUCUUCAAUUCUCUGGCUACCAUAAAGACACUUUGAAUCCUGACUCCGAUGAGUUCACGGAAGACCUCAAAUCAGCCUUGCGAGUCUUUCAGCGGACUUACAAUCUCGACGUCACUGGCCAGCCAGACAGCCGCACCGUUUCGCUGAUCACGCAGCCGCGAUGUGGCGUUCCUGAUGUUAUAAAUGGCGACUCCAUUGUGUCAGAGGACGACUCGGAGAAGAUUAUUGACUGGAUGUCCCCUUUGAAUAAGAAUGAUUUCACUUAUGGUUUUUAUCCUGCAAAUAAUGUGAAGCUAUUAUCCGAGGCUGCGUUCAAGGCUACGGUCGCUGACGCUUUCAGCUGGUGGGAGAAGGAGCUCGAUGGGAAGACCUUCACAGAGACGCUGUGGUCCGAUCAAAGUGAUAUUGGAAUCGUGUUCUUGCCGUUGGACGGGAAGCUAGGGGUGGUAGGCACCACCGUGUCGGAUUCGACGCCAAGUUGGGUCAUCUACUUGGACUCCGAUGAGAACUGGGUCGGCACCGAUGUCAUGACGGAGGCCGACCCACUGGACUUGGAGUGGGAGGUGAAGCACCAAAUCGGGCACGUGCUGGGAUACGGCCAUGCGGUGAAUUCGACGUCUGUUAUGCACCCUUUCAUCUACAUCGGUGAUGAGUCAUCCACGACCACACCGUUGCUGCAGACGCAUUUACACGGCGGAGCAGCAGGCGGCGUAGGGGCAGGAAUGGGGACUGGUUUCAACUUUUUUGCUUGA